AUGGCGCCAUAUCUCCAAGACGAUAGCUUCUCCAGCAGCAGCGAGGCCUCGACUCCUCAGCUACUGACAAGAGUCGACUGUGUUACUGCCCAGCCGGAGCCUAUUGCUAUUGUUGGAAUGGGCUGCCGUCUUCCCGGCGGGAUCAAAAACCCAGACGACCUGUGGAAGCUUCUCAUCGAAGAGCAAUCGGGACAAUGCGAUGUCCCUCCCUCACGCUGGAACAUCGAGGGCUUCUACCAUCUCAACAGCCAGCGCCCCGGCAGCAUGAACACCAAAGGCGGCUACUUCAUCCAGGAUGAUAUCCGGCAAUUCGACAACAGCUUCUUCGGGAUCAACAACCUGGAAGCAACCUACAUGGACCCCCAGCAGCGGAAGCUAUUGGAGGUCUGCUACGAGUGCCUUGAGAGUGCUGGCGCUACAUUAGAGGACAUUGACGGGGCCAAUAUUGGAUGCUAUGUCGGCAAUUUCACCAUCGACUAUAUCACCAUGCAGGCCAAGGACGCGGAGUAUUUCCACCGAUACCAUGCAACGGGCAUGGGGACGACGAUUCUCUCGAAUAGGAUCAGUCAUGUAUUUAACCUGACGGGUCCGAGUGUGGUUCUUGACACCGCAUGCUCGUCGUCUCUAUACGCAAUCCACAUGGCCUGCGCAGCCAUCGACGCCGGCGAAUGUGACGCCGCAAUCGCAGCCGGUGCAAAUCUCAUUCAAUCCCCAGAGCAGCAUCUAGGGACAAUGAAGGCCGGUGUUCUUUCUGGAACCUCAACCUGCCACACCUUCGACGCCUCCGCGGAUGGCUAUGGCCGGGCUGAUGGUAUCGGUGCCCUGUAUCUCAAGAGACUAAGCAAAGCCCUUGAAGACAAUGACCCGAUCCGAGGAGUCAUUCGGGGCUCCGCAGUAAAUGCCAAUGGGAGGACUAACGGGAUCACACUGCCGAGUUCUGAUGGCCAGGAGGCUGUGAUUCGAAAGGCGUAUGCAAAGGCUGGGCUAGAGCAUAGGUUCCACGAGACAAACUACGUCGAAUGCCACGGCACUGGGACUGCUGUUGGAGACCCGAUUGAGCUGGAGGCUGUGUCUCGGGUCUUUAAGAAGCGCCCUGUCCACAGUCCAUUGUAUGUUGGCUCUUUGAAGACAAAUCUAGGGCAUUCGGAAGCAGCAUCGGGCUUUUCCAGCGUCUUCAAGGUCGUAAUGGCCAUGGAAAAGGGCACAAUUCCGCCUACGAUUGGAGUGCAGAACCUCAACCCGAAGAUCAAAACAGAUGACUGGCGAGUCAAGAUUGUGACUAACUCGAUGGACUGGCCCAUUGCAAGGCCCAGCCUGUUGGUCCCAAAGCCUGUCGUGCGAGCUGGUGUGAACUCCUUUGGGUAUGGAGGCGCAAACAGCCAUCUCAUCCUGGAGUCUGUGGACAAUUUCGUUCCUGAGCAGUUAGGGCUUUCUUCAGUGACGUUGUCGGAGAUGAAAUCCACCUUUAUCCUCCCGGUUUCUGCUAACUCGUGGAGCUCGCUCGAGGGGCAAAUACGCAGUCUAUCACUUUAUUCCCAAGAUGUCAAUGUUGUUGAUCUGGCAUACACCCUGGGUGCACGCCGGUCAAAGCUGUCCUGCAGGGGUUACGCCAUCAUCGGGCAGGCUGGUCUAGGUAGUAUGAGCUUGGAGGAUUUCACGACUGGCGAACAAAAGCCGUCGUCCACGAAGCUGCCGGUUGCCUUUGUAUUCACAGGCCAGGGCGCCCAGUGGGCCCAAAUGGGCAAAGAACUAAUCCAGGAAGUCCCAUCGUUCAGAAAAAGCCUCGUCGAGCUGGACAAUGUACUGCAAAGGCUCCCCCAUGCUCCGUCAUGGUCCUUGAGACAGGCCUUGCUAGCUCCCAAGGAGACGUCCCAGAUCAACCACGUCACUCGAUCUCAGCCUCUGUGCACCGCCAUCCAGAUUGCAUUUGUCGACCUUCUCCGGAAAUGGGGUAUUGAGGCUGAGGCAGUCAUUGGGCAUUCCUCUGGUGAAAUUGCUGCUGCGUAUGCCGCUGGGCUCCUGACGGCAGCAGAGGCGAUCGUUGUGGCCUACUACAGGGGGUAUGUGGUAGGCCAUAGCCGGGCUCUUGCUGGCCAGAAAGGAGGAAUGGCUGCAGUAGGCCUCGAUAGGGAUACAGCGGAUAGUGAGAUUGAAGCACUUAGUCUGGCUGAUUCCAUCAGGGUUGCUUGCGUGAACUCCCCUGAGAAUGUGACCAUCAGCGGCGAUGUCGAGGGAAUUGAUACGAUCCUCGACCAUUUACAGGGUAAAGGAGUAUUUGCGCGGAAGCUAAACACGAAUAAUCGAGCUUACCACUCGCACCAUAUGUCUUUGAUUGGGGAGGAGUAUGAGGAACUCCUGCACGACAAUCUGCCCCAUGGCCCACACUAUACCCAGAAACACCACAAGGCUCGGUGGGUUUCAUCUGUGACUGGCCAGGCUGUCACUGGAAAGGUCCAGCCCUCUUAUUGGAGAACUAAUUUAGAGUCGCCAGUACUGUUUAGUGACGCAGUGGAAGGCCUCAUACAUGGAUCCAAAUACCACUUGAUCGAACUUGGACCACACUCAGCGCUGGAACUACCAAUCAAGCAGACAAUGUCAGCCAUAGGGAUUAAGCCAGGGUCUUUCCAUUACUCCACCGCACUGACCAGGAAUAAGAACGGCCUUACCUGCCUGCUUAGCCUCGUUGGAGACCUGUUCCUGCACGGCCACUCCAUCGACUUUGCCCAGGUCAACUACGUCGAAAGCCCAAUCACUGCACUGGCCGUUCAUGACUCAAAGUACCCAUCUCACCAAGGCAAGGUCAUUCCAAAUCUCCCCCCAUACACAUGGAGCUACGACACACUCCUCUGGAGCGAGUGUCGCGCAAGCACCGAGUUCCGGAACCGCAAAUAUCCACACCACGAUCUGCUUGGCUCACAGAGACCAGGAGGUGACGGGGUACAUACAACCUGGCGGAAUGUUCUGAAGGUCGAAGACGUGCCGUGGCUUGUUGACCACAAGCUCAAUGAAACUGUUGUCUUCCCGGGUGCUGGAUAUAUCGCCAUGGGUAUUGAGGCGAUUUGCCAAGUCAAUGGGCAGAAUGUAUCAGAUCCAGCACUAGCUAUUGGGCUUAGACAGUUCCGAAUCCUUAAAGCUUUGGUAUUGUCGACGGACUCGAAUGCUGCAGGCGUAGAGAUUUUCACGACGCUCAAGCGCGUGGCGUUAUCGGCGACGAGCAGCUCGAAGACGUGGUGGGAAUUCGAAGUGUGCAGUUAUCAGGAUGGUCUGUCCACUACGCAUGCAACGGGUAAAAUCAAGAUUGCAGAGGAGAAGGAAAAGCGUUAUGGAAAGGACCUGGCUAAGCCAGAUAUCAUCCCAGCGGAAAGCAAGACCGACCUCGAAGCCCUCGCGGUCCGCAACUGGUACGGUCAAUUCACCAAGGUAGGACUAAACUACGGGCCUCAAUUUGCUGCGCUGGAAGAAAUCCGGACGCCGAGGGGGAAGGUCGGUCGAUACUCGCUGUCAAAGACCCAGCUUCUGCAGGGAGGUGGUGAGGGUAAGGCGGCCCAGUCGAGAUAUCUGGUUCAUCCCAUCACGAUCGACGUGAUGCUGCAGGCUGGUAUUAUUGCCAGCACUUCAGGCACGAUCAGGGAUCUUCGUGCUCAUGUACCGGUGUCCAUUGAAGAGGCGUCUUUCCGUGCCCCUAGCUCUGCCUCACAGGAAGCAUAUCAGAUUGACGCCUCGGCCAAGAAGAUAGGAUUCUCCGCCUACAUGCUCAACGCGUGUCUGUAUGAUCAGAAUGACAGUCCCUGUGCUACUCUGGAGAACGUACGCGUUACCGGAUAUCAAGGAGCAGCUCAAACGUCUGAUGAGGAGAUGCGCGAGCCCAUGCUGAGAGUCCUGUGGAAGCCCGACAUUACCACCAUGACUAGCGAAGGGUUGACCCAGUACCUAUCCUCAUGUGCAAAUAACGAAUCGCAGCAGAUGGCCGCCGUGGUUGAUAUCAUCUCCCACAAGAACCCUAGACUCCGGGUCUUGGACAUGACCGGCAGUGACGAGCUGACCGAGGGAUUCCUGGAUGUUCUACGAGCACAUACGGCAUUCAAGCGGUACAGAACAUACUCCAAAGGCCAUAUCACUGAAGACGGCGAGCUGCAGGUUCGCGACGCGGAUGCGUUGACCAAGCUCAAUAACAAGGAUAAAUUCGACCUUGUCAUCCUGGGGAGCAACUUGUCUUCCGAGGUCUCACGGUUCACUGAAUACUUGGAGAAUGGUGGUAGUAUUUUGCGAAUCACAUCGACUCCAAACCAGAUGGAUGGACAUACCACACUUCGCACCGUCACGCAGACCGGAGAUAUCCUGGAAAUAAUUACACCUGAUGGCAAACCAAAGGCAGACACUACGCACGAUGACAUCCUGAUAGUAGAGGACACAGAGAAAAGCCCUCUUGGUGACGCCCUGGCUCAAUAUCUGUCCAAUAUAUUCGACCAACCUGUUCGACGGGCUCUGCUAGGCGAGCUAUCCGAAAGCACAAUCACACCAAAGACAUUCGUUAUCUCAGCUAUCGAGCUAAACAGACCCGUGCUCGCAUCCUUAACCGCAGAGGAAAUGGUAUCUAUAAAACACAUAACGGAUAAAGCCCUUCACCUACUCUGGCUGACCGCAGGAGACGCCCUCAACGGCACCCGACCAGACUUCGCCCUGAUGUCUGGCCUGUCUAGGGCAUUGAUGCUAGAGCAGCCAUCGUUGCAUAUUACGAUUCUAGAUCUGGACGUUACCCUACCGACAUCACAGACUCUGAAUGGCAUCGCUGCGGUGUUGCGCCAAAGUGCUGAAUCUGCAGUUCCCGACUGCGAGUAUGCCUUGAAGAAUGGCACCCUGCAUAUCAGUCGUAUGCUGCCCGAGGAGACGAUGAAUGAGACUUUCCGCGAGAAGCAGGAUGAGAUCCCUAGACUCCUUCCCCUGAAGGAUGCUUCGCCGGCGAGACUUAGCAUUGGCACUGUCGGACAGUUUGAUACUCUUGCGUUUAGACAGGAAGCGGCAGAUGAGUCCCCUCUGGCACCGGGGACUGUCGAAAUUGAAGUCAAAUCCGUCGGAUUGAACGCAAAAGACUUCUACGCCCUCGCCGGAAAAGUCAACACGAAAGACGCCGUCUGCAAACUCGAAUGCAGCGGCAUCGUAACCAAAGUCGCUUCUGAAGGAAUUCAGAAUCUCUCAAUCGGCGAUAGAGUAGUAUCAAUGGGCCCAGGCCACUUCAGCACAUACGAGCGCAUACCCGAGUGGGCUUGUCAGAAGCUGCUAGACGACGAAGACUUUGAUACCGUGGCCACGCUGCCUCUAGUAUUUUCCACGGCUAUAUAUGCUCUGCAUCACCGCGCAAAUCUCCAGAACGGCGAGUCGGUGCUUAUACACUCUGCGGCUGGAGGGUUGGGGAUUGCUGCUAUCCAGAUUGCACAGCUGGCUGGCGCUGAGAUAUACGCGACUGUGAGCACGGAUGAGAAGAAGGAGUAUCUUGUUGAGGCGUUUGGGUUGAGAAGGGAACAUAUAUUCAAUUCGCGAUCUUCUUCGUUUCUGGAUGGUUUGUUAGCCGUUACUGGUGGGAGAGGUGUGGAUGUUGUCCUGAACUCGCUGACUGGGGACCUGCUGCAUGAUAGCUGGAGGGCUUGUGCGCCGUGGGGACGGUUCGUGGAGGUGGGCAAGCAGGAUAUUGUCGACGCUGGAAAGCUGGAUAUGGAGGUGUUCCAGCGCAAUGUUACGUUCACUGCGUUUGAUCUCAGCGAGUUGUCUGAUGAGAGUCAGCCCAGGCUUAAUCGGAUUGCUUCAGGGUAUGUUAUCGGCCUCGGGGUAUGGUCACUGCUAACUGUCUCCAGCUUGCUGGCAGAGACCAUGUCUCUGUACCGUGAAGGAAAGAUCAAGUCGAUCGAGCCGUUGAAAGUCUUUGAUAGCUCUGAGAUAACGCAGGCCUAUCGAUACUUUGGACUGGGCAAUCGAAUGGGCAAGAUCGCAAUUUCUCUACAGAAUGGAGAGUCCUUGAUCCCGACGCUAUCUCGAAAAUACAGUACAACUUUCAGUCCGGACAAAUCGUAUCUCAUGGUCGGCUGCCUGGGCGGACUGGGCAGAAGUAUAUCCAAGUGGAUGGCGAAGCAAGGCGCCAGGAAGUUCGUCUUUAUCGGCCGCAGUGGCACUAACAAGGAACCGGCGAGACUCCUCGUCGAAGAUCUCCAGGCAUCCGGUGCAGAGGUAGUCGUCAUCAGAGGAGAUGUAGGAGUGUACGCCGAUGUCCAGGCGGCUGUUUCUGCAAUCCAUGGGCCAAUUGGUGGUAUUAUCCAGGCAGCAAUGGGACUAAACGAAGCACUAUGGACACGAAUGCCAGUGGAAUACUGGCACACGGGCAUCGAUCCAAAGCUCAUCGGGUCAUGGAACCUAUACAAUGCGCUGGAAGCCCGCGGCGGAGAUCUGGAUUUCUUCCUGAUGACCAGUUCGGUAUCCGGCAGUGUUGGUACGGCGACAGAGGGUAACUACUGCGCCGCGAAUUACUUCCUGGACGUCUUCGCCCGCUUCCUGAGGAGCAAGGGCCUCCCUGGCGUCUCUAUCGGGCUGGGAAUGAUCUCAGAGGUUGGGUAUCUGCAUGAGAAUCCGGAGAUUGAAGCAUUGCUUCUGCGAAAGGGGAUUCAGGCGAUUAACGAGGAUGAGCUCCUUCAGAUUAUUGAUAUCUCGCUGAAGUCUUCGUGGAACACCAGUGCCAGCUACGAGUAUGAUCGCAUGGCCUCAUGCCAUGUCCUUACUGGUCUUGAACCUUUAGGGCUGAAGCGCCUACAGAAAGCCGGGUUCAGUGGCAGUAAUCCAACCCUAAAUGACCCACGAGCAGCAGUCCUUGCAUCAGUACUAGACAGCGACACCGAUCAAGCUCUCAAGGGCAAUGGAGGCUCUGAUGUGCCGUCAGACAUCGAGGCUGUCACCGAUAUGAUCGUGCAGCGGUUCUCGAAUCUUGUUCUGCAGCAGGUCGACAAGAUCGAUCCGACCAGAGCACUGUCCAAGUUUGGAAUGGACAGUAUGUUGGCAGCGGAGUUUAGGACUUGGUUCUAUCAGGCGUUCAAGGUGGAUGUGCCUUUCUUGACGCUGCUGGCCGAGUCGACGACCCUUGUGGCGUUGGGAGAGCUGGUAAUGGACCAGAUGGGCAAUUAA